CUCCUCAGACCUGGUGCAGGCGCCUGUUGGGUAGGCAGAGGGUGAAGCUACCCGCAUGUCCCCAGAGAAGGUCCUCGUGGCCCCCAUGCCCAAUUUCCCAGUUCUGGGCGUCAGUGUCCUGCAGAGGAGAAAGAGGCAAGCGGCAGGCUUGGUCCCCGCGCUGGCUGGCCGCCCCGCCGCGUGCUCGCGGCCUCUCCCGGGCUGGCACUAAGCGGUGUCAUGUGUCUGGGCUGGGCGGGAGAUUAAUCCUUGGGGGCAUUUCAGGGCUAAGAAGAGAAAGAAGUGACAGGUCCAAGACCGCCCACAGAGGAGGGCAGCUGCCAUCCUCGACAGCUCCGCCCCCGGGAGGCGACGGCGGGGAUAGUGAGGAGCCCAGACUGAAAGGCAGCCCAACAGGGGCCUGUGCAGAUCUGGCCUCUGCCGAGCCCUGGCUUCAGCCUCCCUGGCUCCUCCUCUGCGGCCCUCCCCACCCCACCCUGCAUACACUUAACACUCCUGGCGCCUGAGUCCACCCGCUCCGGGCUUCGGCCUUUGCUACCGCUAGCGUGGGAGCCCGGGAAGACCGGGAGCAAAGCCAAAGCAGCAGCUUCCUAAGUGGUAAUAUCUGCCUGCUUUCCCCAGCGGAGCCUGGGCUGCCCCCUGCAGGUCGCCUGGGCGCAGCCAUGUGGCCGCCUCUGCUGCUGGGUGCCUUGCUCUGGGCCGUGCUGUGGCUGCUCAGAGACCGGCGGAGACUUCCCGCCAGCAGCGCCUUCGUCUUCAUCACCGGCUGCGACUCAGGCUUCGGGCGCCUGCUGGCCCUGAGGCUGGACCAGAGGGGCUUCCGCGUCCUGGCCGGCUGCCUGACCCCGUCUGGGGCAGAGGGACUACAGCAGGUGGCCUCUUCCCGCCUCCACACCACGCUGCUGGACGUCACUGAUCCCCAGAGCGUCCAGCAGGCGGCCCGGUGGGUGGAGACGCACGUCCAGGGAGCAGGGCUUUUUGGUCUGGUGAAUAAUGCCGGCGUGGCGGGCGUCAUCGGGCCCACGCCCUGGCUGACGCAGGAAGACUUCCAUCAGGUGCUGAAUGUGAACACCCUGGGUCCCAUCCGGGUCACCCUUGCCCUGCUGCCCCUGCUGCAGCAGGCCCAGGGCCGAGUGGUCAACAUCACCAGCGUCCUGGGUCGCCUCGCAGCCAGUGGCGGAGGUUACUGUGUCUCCAAGUUCGGCCUGGAGGCUUUCUCUGAUAGUCUAAGGCGGGACGUGGCUCCUUUCGGGGUUCGCGUCUCCAUCGUGGAGCCGGGCUUCUUCCGUACCCCGGUGACCAGCCUGCGGAGUCUGGAGAGCGCCCUGCAGGCCUGCUGGGCCCGGCUGCCUCCAGCCACGCGGGCCCGCUACGGGGACGCCUUCCUCUCCGCCUUGGGGCCCAGGACGGGCUGGGCCGGGGCGGGGACCCUCACUGCACCACCCUGGGGCUGCAGACCUCGGAGUGCAGCGGCGCAUCAUGAACGCGAUCUGCGACCCGGACCUAACCAAGGUGAGCCGAUGCGUGGAGCACGCGCUGACCGCUCGCCACCCCCGCACCCGCUACAGCCCGGGCUGGGACGCCAAGCUGCUCUGGCUGCCCGCCUCCUACCUGCCGGCCGGCCUCGUGGACACCGCGCUCACCUGGCUCCUCCCUAAGCCUGCGCAGUCCGUGUGCUGAGCCCAGCUUCCCGGCAAGACCGUUUUCCCAAGGGUUAGGAUUUUUAUUCCUGUCCCCACCCUGCUCUGCCUGCUACAUGG